UCUUGACGCUCUGCGUGUAAAAUCGAUAUGCGGUGAUGAUUCUGUCGCCGUAGCUUUUGUUGUCUUGUUUGGCCUCCUCAGACUUUUGUUUUCUUCUGGCCAGCCCGUGAUGGGAUCGCCCGGCAACACCAUCAGCAGCACGCAUCGCGGUCCAGCCGUCGAUAUCGCAAUCUGGCUAUGCUUCAUUCUCUGCGCGCUUUCCAUUGUCGCGAAGGUAUGGACGAAACUUGGGAGACGAGGACGAGAAUAUCAGCUUGGAAAUCUGCAACUCGAUGAUUAUCUUUUGGUGGUUUCGUUGGCGGCUUUGGCAGCGUACAGCGUCACGGUUUCGCAGCAGGUGAAAGCAGGACUAGGGAAGCGAUUGGAAGAUGUGGAUGUAAGGGAUGUUCCGAAAUAUGAAAAGACCGAAUACGCAUCGCACUUCCUCUACAUCGCCGCCAUCUCCUCCGCAAACGCCGCGGGCGUCGUCUUCGGUCUAAUGCUCGAGCCCAGCCCUUCUUCUCUCCGCAUGCUCCAAGUCACAAUGGGCAUAAACAUCCUCUGGUUCCUCACCUCCACAUUCGCGACCGCCUUCCAAUGCGCGACACCGACCCCCUGGCACUCCAUCAACGGCAAAUGCUUUGACCGCGUCGCGUUCUGGACCACCAUCGACUUGAUAAAUGCGCUGCUUAAUAUCUGCCUCGCGGGCAUUCUGUGCCGGAUAGUAGGGAUCUUGCAGAUGUCGCGAACGCGGUACCUCCUUCUGAUCUUGUUUUCUUCGAGGAUAUUGAUCCUCAUCCCCACAUCCUUCAAAAUAUCAUACCUCUUCAAGCAACGUACAUCCACACCCUACGACCCUACAUCCACGAGCGUCGACGUCGUGAUAAGCUCGAUUUUGGUGGCCACGACGACGGUUAUGGCGACGUCGCUACCAUUUAUGAAUCCUGUCAUGGAGCAUUUGCAGCCAGGGUGGGCAACGGGAGCCGUGAGGUUGAGCGUUGGCGUUGAUCAGCGUCCGCCCGUGACUGCGACGAGUAGUGGGAAGAGGGAAGGUGAUGGGAGUUAUAUUAUGGAGACUAGGAGCUUUAAGGUGGAGAGUGAGGCCAGGACUCAAAGAGAGGGGGCGUGA